UUUCUUCUUCAUCAUUCCGUACGCGAGUGAUCGUCAGUCGACGAACACGAAAAUAUAAUCAUAAACUCUUUCUGCCACGAAUUAUACGGUUUUCGUUUUAUUAACGUAUUAAUUUCAUUUACGAAUAUAAUCAUUUUUCUCUUUCGGUAAAAUAAUAAAAAUGUCGGUAAUCGUUCAUUAUGCAGUCGUUGCAUUCUGGGAGAAAUCUGGUUGCAAGAUCGUCGCAGAUUAUUUGGUCGAUCCCGAAGCCGAUUGUCGUGAAAUUGCUUUAACUACAAUACAGGAUAUUAAGAAUCUUGAAAACGACAGGACCAGCCUCGAUCGGGGCAAAUAUAUGGUGCAUCUACUGAUCGGAGAAUUGCAUUAUGCUUGCUUGACAACAAAACCAGAAUCUUCAUCGGCAGCAUCCCGAUUAGAAUCCUGUUCUCAAAUCUUUCUCGACAGGUUGAGAAAUAUUUACAGAGAAUUACCGAUACUUGCCGAUCUAUCGAGGGAUCUAACUAAUCUAGCUGUCGCCGAUCUUUCUAAACCACUUCAACAAAUUAUUAAUGAAUACAAUCAACAGGAACCAAAUACUAUACCAAAAUUGGAGACCCAAUUAGUCGAAAUACGACGUAUGUUAAUGGAUGGCAUUCAAAAAUUGAUAGACAGGGGUCAAAAAUUGGAUGAUCUACUUCGUAAAACGCAAACUUUACAAAUUACGUCGAGAAAAGAUUUUCACAUGGGAACGAAAAUACCACGGAAGAAAAACGUUUUCUUAGCUGCCACUGCAGCCACACUGAUGUUUCUAUCAACAUCCCUUUUUGUUUUCUUAUUGUACAUAGGUAUUUUGUAAAAUAUUUUGUUUAGAAAAGAAAAAAAAA